AUGAGAAAUGAGGGUGAUGAGGCAAUUUAUUGGAAAUAUGUUGGCAGGGUACUAAGCAACAACAAGCUUAAUGGGACACUGGAUAUUGGCAACAGUUAUAGCAACAAUUUGACCGUUGAUUUGCAGAACAACUCCAUUAGCGACUUUACACAGAAAGCAAGUUACAAUAUGGUCUUGAAGCUUGUGGGUAACCCAAUUUGUCAGGGAAAUGGAGCAACCGAACGAUACUGCACAAUUCAGAAAUCCAACCCUUCAUACAUCACACCAACAAAUAGCUGCACUGCCGUGGUCUGCCGUUCAGACAGAAUAUUAAGUCCAAAUUGCAAAUGUGCAUAUCCGUACACAGGAACCCUACACUUCUUUUCUUUUUCCUUUUCAAAUUUAGAAAACUCAAGUUACUUCAGAACACUUGCGGGGUCUCUAAUGUCAGCUUUUCGGUCCAAUCAACUUCCUGUGGAUUCAGUUUCUCUUAGUGAUCCAACCGUUGAUGUAUACUCUUACCUUCAGUUCAGACUGCAAAUCUUUCCUUCUGGUCUGGAUCAUUUCAAUAGAACAGGAAUUUCUACAGUUGGUUUUCUGCUCACCAGCCAAUCUUUCUCAAUUCCAAAUUAUGGGCCUUACUUCUUUUUAACGAGGACUAUUGUUGCUUUGCAGAGAAAAGCAAAACGAGCAGUUCAACAGAGCAACCCUUUUGCAAAUUGGGACCGUGAUGAAAGCAGUGGCAGUGUUCCACAACUUAAAGGAGCUAGAUGGUUUUCAUUUGAAGAGCUUCGGAAAUGUACUAACAAUUUUGCAGAAGUGAAUGCUAUUGGAUCUGGGGGCUAUGGGAAGGUUUAUAGAGGAACUAUUGCCUCUGACCAAUUAGUUGCCAUCAAAAGAGCUCAACGGGGAUCAUUGCAGGGUGCUCUUGAGUUUAAGACUGAGAUUGAGCUUCUAUCAAGGAUCCAUCAUAAGAAUGUUGUCAGCCUGGUGGGUUUCUGUUAUGAGCAAGGGGAACAAAUGCUGGUCUAUGAGUAUAUUCCAAAUGGUAACCUGAAAGAUGGUCUUUCAGGGAAGUCAGGAUUCCGAUUGAACUGGAUGAGGAGACUUAGAAUAGCCCUUGAUUCAGCCAAAGGUCUGGCCUAUAUGCAUGAGCUUGCCAACCCUCCCAUCAUACACAGGGACAUUAAGUCAACCAACAUCCUACUAGAUGAUCAUCUAAAUGCAAAAGUUGCCGAUUUUGGCUUAUCCAAACUUUUGGCAGAUACCAGUAAGAGUUAUGUUAGCACUCAAGUCAAAGGGACAAUGGGAUACAUGGAUCCUGAAUAUUACACGACCCAACGGCUGUCUGAGAAGAGUGAUGUUUAUAGCUUUGGAAUUGUGUUGCUGGAGCUGGUAACUGCAAGGGCACCAAUAGAGCGAGGGAAGUACAUUGUGGUAAUGGUUAAGGAUGCAAUUGCUAAUUCAACGGAUCAAUAUUACAUUCGUGACAUUCUUGAUCCAACCCUCGGUUCAAGUGCAAAACUUGGAGGCUUGAAAAAGUUUGUGGAGUUGGCAAUGAGAUGUGUCAAAGACUAUUCAUGUGAGAGGCCUACAAUGGGUGAGGUGGUGAGAGAAAUCGAGAACAUCAUGCAGUUAGCUAGUUCGAACAAGAAUUCUGAAACGGAGUUCGCUUCAUCAAGUAAUGAGGGGAUGUCUGACUGGGGUAAGGCCUUUGAUUACAGUGGUGGCUUCUUACCUCGUGAUUUGGAGGGCCACUGGUAAGAUAAAUGUUUCCAUUUCAAAUUUACAAGUAGGUAGCAGCAGGUUGUUUCUGUCCCUUCCUGCAGUGCCUUGGUUUGAACAUUUAACUUCUUCAAUCUUUUUCGAUCUUUGAAACAGAUUCAGGCUGUAAUCAAUCUAGUAAUUAGGAUGUGCAUAUAUGGAUCAUUAAGCAUGUGCAACUAAGUAUAUUAUACAGGAGACAUUGUGACAAUGUUAGGAAUGUUUGUACUAUUGAUUCAAAUACCUUAAUGUGUUUCAUUCUCU